AUCAUCUGUGCAUUGUUCAAAAAUCUUUCAGCUGACAGUUCGUUUAAUAAAUAAAACUAUUUAUUUCUAAAACAAUAAACUAUGAUAAAGUUUUAUAAUAAAUAAAACCAUUUCUUUGAUUAAUAAUUUAUGUUGUUAUUAAGCCAAAAUGGAAAAUUAUUUCAAAGGAAAGAAUGUAGAAGAACAAAUGGAGAGGGACAAAAUACCAAUAAACAGCCUUCCUGUUGAUUUCCUAUGGAUGCAGGUAAAAGGAGGCAGUAAAAUGACAAAUUUACUAUCACAUGCAUCAGGAAUUUUGGAGGAUAAAGCAACUACCACUGUAGUUUGGAGUGGGGCUGGGGUAGCCAUUUCUAAAGUGAUAUCAUGUGCUGAAAUCUUAAAAAGAAAAUUUUCAUUGAAAUAUCAAGUAACAAAGCUGACAUUUAAGAGUGUAGAGGAAUAUUGGGAGCCCAAACUUGAUGGUUUAGAAACAAUUGUUGUGAAGAGGCAGAUUCCUGUAAUCCAUAUUUUACUGUCAUCACAAGAAAUAGAAGACACCCAGCAACUAGGAUACCAGACAUUAGAUGGAAACACAUUUUGGGAAACAAACAAGUCUUUUAUCAAGCAGAAUCACGCACAAAAAACUAAGAAACCAUUUAAACAUAAGACAAAUAUUAGUAAAACAAAAAUUACAGAGAAUUAAUUAAAA